AUGGCCAGGCGAAACAUCAGCUCAGGGUCCGCCUUCGAGGCACAAAUCGGCUACUCCCGCGCCGUAGUGUCAGACGAUCUCAUCUUUGUGUCGGGUACCACAGGUUACGAUUACCAAACCGGCGUCAUCUCCCCCGACAUCGCCGAGCAGACGGAGCAGACAAUGAAGAACAUCGCCGCCGCGCUCGCCGAGGCCGGCGCUCAGAUCAAGGACGUCGUCCGCGUGCGCUACAUCCUCCCGGACCGCAGAGACUUCCGGGAUACGUGGCCUGUACUGCAAAAGUACUUCGGCGACGUGAGGCCAGCGGCCACCAUGGUCCAGGCCGGAUUGAUGGAGGAGGCCAUGAAGAUUGAGAUCGAAGUUACGGCCAGGAAGGCGAGCGCUAACCAGUAA